UCUGGCUUUUGCAAGUUAAGACUCACAAAGACAAAAGAGUUCUCAAGACGCGGCGCAACACAGAUUAGAAAGAAAAAAAAAAAAGACCUUUCAAAAGCGCAGAGUAAGAAACAAGAAGGAAAGAUAAAAACUAGCUACUCUUCUCGACAAAUCAAGAAAAACAAGAAUGGUGUCUCAAAAGCUAGAGAUUUGCAUCGAAUUGGUGAAAAUUGCUGUUGUUUUCGUCACCACCGUGGCUGAAACAGUAGAAGAAGCUUUCCGUAAGCCUCAACCGUCGCUUCCAGUAGUUCAAGGUGGUCGCCGGAAUAAUUACGCCGCUGUUCCCAUUCCUCUUGUUGGAUUCAUGUGAUGAGCUUUUAAUUUUCAAGUUCUUUUUUUUUUUUUUGAUUUUAAUUUUGGCCUCGUUAAAAGUUAGUAGUUCUCGUGCCUUGUGGCGUUUUGGAUAUUGUUGAUUUGUGUAUAAAGUAUAACCAAAAAAGAUCAUGAAGAGUUUACAGAUAAAUCAAAUCGUCACACGUUUUCUACAUAA